GGAGGGGAGCGGCGCGGCUGUGCUUACCUGUGCCCGACCCCAGCUCACCUGGACCCGGCUCACCUGUGCCCGACCCCGGCUCACCUGGACCCGGCUCACCUGUCCUCCCUCCCUCCCUGUCGGGGCGAAGCUCCCGCGGCCGCUGCUCUCGGCGCAAUGAGCGGCGCCGCGCUCCUCUACCUGCUGGCCGCACUUACAUCCUUGAAUGCAAUGAUGGUCAACGUGAAGGUCCCGCACAUGGAAAUAGCUCGAGGAGAUGCUUUACAUUUACAAUGUACCUAUCAAACCACCGCACCAACGAAAAACCAUCUUAACAUUGAAUGGACUCUAGUCGAAGAAGUACCGAGUGAAGAGGAACCAACGAUCGAUGUAAUCCAGUACUUCUACGACGGAAUAUACAGCGUUGGAAAAAACUACAAGGGCAGAGUAAACUUUACAGGAGAUGCCAACGGGGAAGAUUGUUCAAUAGCGAUCCAGAAUGCGCAGAUAACUGACACUGGAACCUACGUGGUAGAAGUCACAACACCUUUUGACUUGGUUGGUACGCGGAAAGAAACAGUGGAUGUGACUGUAUUGGGUAAGGGCUUCGGAAAAUAUUUCUAUGCAGAUUUCAGCUUGCUUAGUAGUAAUGUGUCAUUACUAGCUUUCAUGUAA